UGGACAGCGUUGCCUAGCAGCUAGGCUUAAGAGGACUCUUUUACAACUUCACGUUACUUUCUCUUUUACAUAUCGCGGAACCGCGGACUCCUCCCGGCUCUACCUAGUACCUGUCAUCCGUCUGUUCCCUCUCGCUGUCAGUAUGCCAAACAUGCCCCAGACCGUGACACUAAAGGGACCCUCUCCUUGGGGUUUUCGGCUCGUUGGAGGACGGGAUUUCAGCACACCGUUAACCAUCUCCAGGAUAACACCAGGCAGCAAAGCAGCCCAAGGUGACCUGUGUCCAGGCGACACCAUCCUGGCUAUCAACGGUGACAGCACAGAGCAGAUGACGCACAUGGAGGCUCAGAACAGGAUCAAAAACUGCACUCAGCAGCUUACACUCGACAUCAACAGGUCAGGAUCAGGAGACAGAGUGUGGUCGCCAACAGUCAGUGAAGAUGGCAAGACAAGCCCUUACAUGGAGCCUGACUCACAGAAUUUCCGUCCCAUUACCAGCGGGUAUGGCGGUUACAGCCGUAAACCUUCAUACACCCCUGAUCCUCAGUCCCCACUGCCUGUGCCGCCUGUCCAGUCCCCACAGACCCUCCAGCCCAUUCACAUUAACAAUGGACACUCCAGACCCAACAAUGGACACAGCUACACGUACGGGAAUGGAAUCGGGCACACUCAGUACAACAACCCAGCUGGACUUUACACUCAUAACGGGAGCAACGGAGACAGAUCUCUGCCGAGCAAAAUGGGAGGACUCAGCCUCAGCUCCACACACAGCCCCGAGCCUCCCACACAAUCCCCUGUGAGCCGCAACGGUUUCGACACGCAGUCGGACGUCUACAGGAUGCUGCAGGACCACGAGGAGCCUGUCUCUGAACCCAAACAGUCCGGCUCCUUCAAAUACCUCCAGGGAAUCCUGGAGGCCGAGGAUGGAGGAGUGUCCCCAACAGAGAGGAUGAGGCAUUUAAAGUCUCCAAUCAGAUCUCCAAUCCCCAAACUGGGAAGCCCAAUCCCUAAUGCCAUGUCUGGUCUGCAGAAGCUGCCCCAGUGCACACGCUGCUUUAACGGCAUUGUCGGCACCAUUGUUAAGGCCCGGGACAAGCUCUACCACCCAGAGUGCUUUAUGUGCGAUGACUGCGGCAUCAACCUCAAGCAGAGAGGCUACUUCUUCAUUGAGGACAAUCUGUACUGUGAGACCCACGCCAAGGCUCGCGUCCAGCCUCCAGAGGGAUACGACGUUGUUGCCGUUUACCCAAACUCCAAGGUGGAGCUGGUUUGAGGUGAAGAUGGAGCUGGCUGUUAUAUAAUAUAACAGGGGAAGUCAAAUCUGGGAGAAUGGGGCUACUGAGUAUCCUAGUGUGCAUUUAUCAGGGUCUUUCAAACAGGAAUGCAGAUCUUGGAUCAGAUUUGCCUUUAGGGGGUUCAUUAAAUUUGUGAUCCAAAAUCAGCAUUUCUGCAUGAACAGACUGAUGAAUUAUGUGUAUAUUGAUAAUUGUGAUGUAAGUAGACAGAUAUAUGGCUUAAAUACGAUGGGUGUCCCAAAAUUCAAACCUAUUUUAUGCAGUGUCUGAACCUGCAGACUGUGGAAGUUCCUGCUAAGAUCCAGGAGAAACAUUGAACUUAUCAAGGCCAUUUUCUCAAAAAAACAUGUUCAAAUCAAGGUUAGUAUUUAUAUCAGAAGCACAAAAUGUUAGUAGACUGUUUCAUUUAAUAACCUGAAAACAUGGAAAGAGAUUAAUUUUGAGAUUUCAACACCAGCACUCUUCAGCUGCCUCUUUUGCAGGACAGUGUUUUCACCAGCAAAAUACUUCAUAUCCCAUAAUAAUCAUCCUUAAAGUAACCUCACUGCAGUAGUGUGCUUUUGCCUUGAGUUACCAUGACAGAUUUUAGUUGAUUGGUAGGUUUGCUGUGAUGUAUGUGAUCAUUUUAUUGAAAAUGUUCUAUGCAGCCACUCUAAAUGUCUGUUCAGUCACUUAAAGGCUUAAUAUGCAACAUUAUGUAUACUUCAAUAGUAAAAUUCAAAUUUAACUUAUGUAUAUAUAUACAUAUAUCUGUAGGUAAGGACUCUCUUUAAAGAGAGAUGUCAACCCCCAUCUGGGUUUAUUGUGCUCAGCCCUGUGUUCACACUGACAUCACUUCCUUCAGCUUGUUUAUGUUUAGUUCAGCCACUCAAACUUAUUUCUAGAUUUUUGGCAUGUGAACCUGUCCAACUGUUCAGCCUGCCACCACAUGGGGGAGGAGAGACAGUCCCGCCCACUCAGCUGUUUUUAGUGGCAUAACGGCGGAGAGUGAAAGUACAACUGAAGGAGAACCAACAUGCUUCCCAAACUGAAGGAAAAAGUACUGUGCCUACAAAGAGUUACGCCUCCUUGGAUGUCUGAUUCUUUUAUUGAUUUUAUAAAUAAAGCGGUGCUGUGAUUGCACCUGUAGGAUUGUCCUAUAUUUUGCCAAAUUCAUUUCAUCCUCUACCUUUAAAAGUCUUCCGGGGCUGACUACUGAGAAGCAUCCCCACAGCAUUAUGCUUCCACCAGCGUGCUUCACAUUGGGAAUGGUGUGUUUGGGGUGAUGUGUAGUGUUUGGGUGUCCGCCAAACAUAAUGUCUUGUCUGGUGGUCAAAAAGCUCCAUUUUGGUCUCAUCAGACCAAAGAAUAUUCUUCCACCUGACC